AUGUGGGGAUUCGACGACGCUCAGCAGCAAUACAACCAGUGCCAGGACCCCAACCAGGCCUCUCUCGGCCAUGAGGUCCUCGCUGGUGGUGCUUCCUUCAUCGCCAUGAGGGAGUGGGAGGAGCAUCAGCGCAAGGAAGGCAAGCAAGUCGACCACAGCUUCGCCAAGGAAAUGAUCGCUGGCUUCGCUGGUGCCGAGGUGGACAGGCUCGCUGAGACCAAGGGCGCCGACUUUGUCGACCGUGAGGAGGCUCGCCGCCAGGCCCGCGACAAUGCCCACCAGCUCUACGACCAGCAGUACGGCCAGGACCAGUACUACGACCCCAACCAGCGCCAGCCUCACGAGAGGAUCCAGGAGUCCUUUGAGUCUCGCAACGGCAACUGGUAA